AUGUCAAAUUAAACUUAUAUUAUUAGAGAACUAAUAGAUAAACUUAGUUAACAACACAAAGACUAUAAAUUAUUUAAAUAGCUCAUAAAACGUCAGAGUAAGGCUCUUGAAUCAUUCAAUAAUGAAAUGAUUUAAAUUAGCCGCUAAUAUAAUAGUGAUCUAUUCAAUGGAAUUCAUUAUCAUAUGUCUCACUUCUAAAGCGACUUAUAAAAUCAAUAUGCUUUACUCAAGGAACUAGGCAAACACUUUUAUGAAAUUAAAUAGGAAGUAUAAUUCUGUAUUUAAAUUAGGCGCAAUAUUAUUCUAAAAAUUAUACUAAAUUUGAAUUAAAACUUAAUUCUACUUCAAAUGCUUUUGAUGAAAAUUCCUUAAAAGUUAAACAAACGCUAUAAGAAACAACUAAUUUCUGGGCUUAGAAAUAAGAAUACUCAGUCAUUAGAAUAAAUGAUAUGUCUAAUAAAGGAGAGGAAAUAAUUAAAAAAACUAAUAGUUUAAUUUAUAAAUUUUCUGA